GGGCGCGGCCGGACACGCGUGGCCGGGAGCCGCGGCCAACCGGGAGCGAUCCGGGCACCGGGAGCGUUCCGGGCACCGGCGGCGUUCCGCGCCCCGCUGCGCUCCGCCGCCUUUGUCCCUCCUCCCGGCCGCGGCGGCGGCGGCACCGGCGGCCCCGCGGCCCCGCGGCCCCAUGCACCGGCCCCGCCGAGCCCCGCACCAUGCCCGAAGCGGCGGCGGCCGCGGCGCAGGACGGAGAGCGGCCCCGGCGGGCCCCGGCCGCGGAGGAGCGGGCGGAACCGGCGGCCCCCACCGGAGUGCUGGAUAAACUCUUCGGGAAGCGGCUGCUCCAGGCCGGGCGCUACAUCAUGUCCCACAAGGCCUGGAUGAAAACAGUGCCCACGGAGAACUGCGACGUGCUCAUGACAUUCCCGGACAGCACGGAUGACCACACGCUGCUGUGGCUGCUGAACCACAUCCGCCUGGGCAUCCCCGAGCUGAUCGUGCAGGUGCGGCACCACCGGCACACGCGCGUCUACGCCUUCUUCGUCACCGCCACCUACGAGAGUUUGCUGCGCGGGGCGGACGAGAUGGGGCUGCGGAAGCCGGUGAAGGCGGAGUUUGGGGGCGGCAUGCGCAGCUUCUCCUGCGACGAGGAUUACAUCUACGAGAACAUUGAGAACGAGCUCGGUUUCUUCAGCUCCCAGGAGCGGCAGAGCAUCAUCCGCUACUGGCUGGAGAACCUGCGGGCCAAGCAGGGCGAGUCCCUGCACAACAUCCACUUCCUGGAGGGACAGCCCAUCAUCCCGGAGCUGGUGGCACGGGGGGUGAUCCAGCAGCUGUUCCCGCUGCACGAGCAGAGGAUCCUCAAGCGCCUGAUGAAGUCCUGGGUGCAGGCGGUGUGCGAGGCGCAGCCCCUCGAUGACAUCUGUGACUAUUUUGGGGUGAAGAUCGCCAUGUACUUCGCCUGGCUGGGCUUCUACACCUCGGCCAUGGUGUACCCGGCUGUGUUCGGCUCCAUCCUCUACACCUUCACCGACAGCGACCCGACCAGCCAGGACAUCUCCUGUGUGGUCUUUGCCAUCUUCAACGUCAUCUGGGCCACGCUGUUCCUGGAGGAGUGGAAGCGCCGCGGCGCCGAGUUCGCCUACAAGUGGGGGACGCUGGACACGCCCGCCGAGUCCCUGGAGGAGCCCCGGCCCCAGUUCCGGGGCACCAAGCGGAUCAGCCCGGUGACCAGCGCCGAGGAGUUCUACUACCCGCCCUGGAAGCGCCUCCUGUUCCAGAGCCUCGUCAGCCUCCCCGUCUGCCUGGCCUGCCUCGCCCUCGUCUUCCUCCUCAUGCUCGGCUGCUUCCAGCUCCAGGAGCUGGUGCUCAGCAUCCAGGAGCUGCCGCGUGUCCUUCGCUUCCUGCCCAAAAUCAUCCUGGCUGUCAUUGUCACCGCCUGUGACGAGCUCUACAAGAAAGUGGCCUUGUGGCUCAAUGACAUGGAGAAUUACCGGCUGCAGAGCGCCUACGAGAAACACCUCAUCAUCAAAAUGGUCCUGUUCCAGUUCGUCAACUCCUACCUGAGCCUUUUCUACAUCGGAUUCUACCUCAAGGACAUGGAGCGCCUCAAGGAGCUCCUGCUCAUCCUGUCCCUGUCGCAGAGCCUCGCGCGGCAGCUCCGGGAGGCUCUGCUCCCCUCCAUCCUCCUCCACCUCCACCUGUCCCUCAUCUUCCUCAGGCGCCUCCUGCGCUUUUGCUGGACCCUGGGAGUAUCCAAAAUGCUGGCCACGCUGCUGAUCACGCGGCAGUUCCUGCAGAACGUGCGGGAGGUGUCGCAGCCCCACCUGUACCAGCGGCUCCGCCGCGGCGAGCUCACGGUGCGCAGCGUGCGGCAGCUGCUCCGCGCCCUGCUCCGCCUGCUCGCCCCCCGCCCGCCCCCGCCCGCCCCUCCGGAGGGCAAGAAAUGCCUCAACGGGGGCUGCGGGGUGCCCGAGGAGGAGGAGGAGGAGGAGGAGGAAGAGCGGCGCGGCUCGGACUCGGAGGAGGAGAGCGCGCUGGACUGCGGGCUGAAGCUGAAGAAGGUGAGCUUCAUCGAGCGCGGCGAGCGGCGCCCCGAGCCCGCCGGCCCCGAGGACGAGCCCUUCCUGGAGGAGGGCAGCCCCACCAUGGUGGAGAAGGGCAUGGACCCCGCGGCCGUGUUCGAGCUCUGCGAGGAGGAGGAGGAGGCCGAAGCGCAGCCCGGCAGCCCCGGCAGGGCGGCGGAGCCGGCGGUGCUGGCGAGGAGGAGGAGGAGGGAGGAGGAGGAGGGCGAGGAGGAAGGGAGGAAGCGCAACCGCGCCUCGUGGAUUGACCCCCCCGAGGAGGAUUACUCCACGCAGCUGACCCAGGCUGAGGUGGAGAGCUGCAUGAAGAAGUACGAGGACACCUUCCAGGACUACCAGGAGAUGUUCAUCCAGUUUGGCUACGUGGUGCUCUUCUCCUCGGCCUUCCCGCUGGCGGCCGCCUGCGCGCUGCUCAACAACGUGCUGGAGAUCCGCAGCGACGCCUUCAAGCUCUGCAGCGGCCUGCAGAGACCCUUCGGGCAGCGCGUGGCCAGCAUCGGCCACUGGCAGAAGGUGAUGGAGGCCAUGGGCGUGGUGGCCAUCGUGGUGAACUGCUUCCUGAUCGCGCAGUGCGGGCAGCUGCAGCGCCUCUUCCCGGGGCUCAGCCCCGAGGCCGCCAUCGUCUCCGUCGUGGUGCUCGAGCACUUCGCCCUGCUCCUCAAGUACGUCAUCCAGGUGGCCAUUCCCGACAUUCCUGCCUGGGUGGCUGAGGAGAUGGCCAAGCUGGAGUACCAGCGCCGCGAGGCCUUCAAGAAGCACGAGCGGCAGGCCCAGCACCACUUCCAGCAGCAGCAGCGCCGCAAGCGCGAGGAAGAGGAGCGGCAGCGCCACGCCGAGCUCCAGGCGCGCCGCGACCGCGACCCCGCCCGCGACGAGGCCACCAAGGCCGAGGCCACCGGGCAGGACCCGGCGCACGACAAGGGCCAGGCCAAGGGGAAAAGCUCCGGCGGCUCCUCCGCGCACGGCCCCGACAAACCCAAGCGGCCGAGCUCGCUGCUGGCCACCAACAACGUGAUGAAGCUGAAGCAGAUCAUCCCCCUGCAGGGCAAAUUCCUGUCCGGGGGCACGGGCGCGGCUGGCACCGCCACCGCCAGGUCGCCGCAGUCGCCCACGGGCAGCGAGAACAAACUGCCGGGAUUCCUGAGCUUCAAAUUCCUCAAAUCGCCCGAGACUAAGCGGGACGCGGGCACCGAGAAGGUGCAGUCGCCCACCAAGCCCUUCAACCCCGGCAAGCUCUUUAAUUUCGGCAAGUCCGAAGGGCUCGGUGCCAACGGGGGAGCGGCCGGAGCGUCCCCGCAGCCCCGGGCGGGGCCCUCGGCGGACGCGGGGCCCGGGAAGGCACACCUCAACGAGGAAGGGGCGCGGGAGGAAGCGGAGAACCGGGCGGAGGAGGAGGGCGGCGGUGCCCGGCUCUGACCGGGGGCUCCGGGGGGGCGGGAGGAGCCGGGCGGGGGAGGAGAGCGGCGGUGCCCGGUUCUGAGCGGGGAUCCGGGAGCACGGGGAGCCAGAGAACCGGGCGGAGGAGGAGGAGGGCGGCGGUGCCCGGUUCUGAGCGGGGCUCCCCCGGUUCCGGCGGUUCCGGGAGCCGCCGGGUCCCUGCUGCGCGUGGCCGUGGCCGUCGGGAGCCUCUCGCCGCCGCUCGCCCGCGGGGCGGGCCCGGGGGCCGCCAGCGCCGCGCUCCGCUCCGCUGCUCUGUGCUGUGUCCCCCCGUGUCCCCCCGGUCCCCCGGGAUGUGUCCCCUCGUGUCCCCCCGGUCCCCCGGGCUGUGUCCCCCCGGGUCCCCCCGGCCCCGCCGCGCGGAGCCGCCGCCACCGCCCCGGGAGCCGCGGGGGGACGGCGGGGGAGGCCUGAGAGCGGCGGAACCGCGGGAGCGGCACGGCGCGGGUUAUCCCGGUGCGGCCGGAGCAUCCCGCAACUUCCCAGGCGCACCGGAGGGAGUUAUCCCGGUUUUCCACGGGCAGCGGGAGCAGUUGUCCCGGUUUUUGGAGCAUCCCGGUUUCCGGAGCAUCCCGGUUUCCACGGGCACCGGGGGCAGUUAUCCCGGCUUUUGGAGCAUCCCGGUUUUCCAUGGGCACCGGGAGCAGUUAUCCCGGUUUUUGGAGCAUCCCGGUUUUCCACGGGCACCGGGAGCAGUUAUCCCGGUUUUUGGAGCAUCCCAAACUCUCCCACAGUCCCGGUUUCCCCCAGAGACGCCGCGCUCCAGCCUUUGGAUCCUCCGGGAGCCGCAUCCCGCUCCGGGAAUUCCCGGGACGAGCCCGAUUCAGCCGUGCCUCAACCCUGCUCCGCCCGCUCCCCCCGCCUGGAUCCCGGAUCCCAAAUCCCGGAGAUCCUUCCCGGGAGUUUUCCAGCCGUGCAUGGGCAGCGUUUCUUGCACUAAAUCCCAGCCCCGAUCCCGCCGCCGGUGCCGCUUCUCCCAAAUCCCAGCGGGACAUUCCCGGCUCCAGCUCCGAAUUCCCUGGAAUUCUGUCGCAAUAAGGGGCGGGACAAGGAGGGGACGCGGGGAGGGACAAUGGGGGAGGGGGUGGGAGCCGCUUCGCUGCUGCCGCGGGAAGGAAUUCCGGGAUUCCCUGGAUCGGCUUUUCCAGCGGGAUCCAUGCUGGGAAUGCGCUCCCUCCUUUCCCUGCUUCGCUUCGCGGGGUUGGUGGCACUUGGGGACAUCCAUUCCCAAAGGGAAAAAUCGGGGAAAAGAGGGAAAAGCUGGGAAAAGGGAGGGGGGGUGGUCCCGAGUCCCCUCCUGUUCCUCUUCCCAAAAAUCAGGUUGGAAUUUUCUUGGGGGGUUUUUUCCCCCCCCUCCUCUUUCGAAGACUCCAUGGAGUUUUGAAGAAUGCAUGGAAUUUCAAAGAAUCCAUGGAAUUUUGGGGUUUGGGGUUUUUUUUGGGAUCCCAAAUCGAAGCCAUUUUCCAGAGCAAUAAGUGCAGGAAAAUCUGGGAUUCCCGAGGGAAAGGCUCCGCGUUCCUGCUCCAGGGUAGGAAAAUCCCAGUGGAAUCAGGGAGGGAAAUUUGGGAAUGUGGGAAUUGGAGAA